AUGUAUAAAGUCUUACAAGCCUGCGCGGCUGCUCUUCUAUCGGUUGUUGCGGUUGCGGAGGAGGGCACGACACCCUUGGUCCUGACGACCUUGUCUCCGACAACCUUGUUGGCGACGACAGACUUAUCUUCGUCAACCCUGGCUUCGGUAACGUUGCCUACCUACCUUGCUAAGGGUUUACCGUCGUAUAAUUAUGUAACUGACGUGAGUAAUUAUUUCAAGUCUUUACGUUGGGUUUUUGAUUCGGCAAGCGAGGAGCCGGUAUUGGACACAACAAUGAUUCUGGCGAAUGGCACAUCGGAGGCGGAAGCAGAGGAUGGGAGAUUGAUGAAGAUGCGGUCGAUGAUAGAUGUCUGGCGUAAUAUCUCUGAGGUAUUUCACGAAGUAGGGUUGAAGGAUCGUGAAACGUUAGAUGACGUUUGUUUGAUGAUUCCUGUGGGUGCUAGGAAGUUGAACAACGUGUGGCCGUCGAUGGAAUCUAUGUUAAAUAUUCGGAAGGUACCGGGUGAGAUUCUUUUCAUCACGGGCUUGGAACCGAGUAUGAGGGAGGAAGAGCGAAGACAGGUGAAAACCAGUCUGAUGGGCAAUUUGGAGCUUUUGAAGGAACAAUAUAUUCCGAAUUUGCCUAAGAACGUGAGGUUGCGUUGGGGAGUGUACGACGGACCUGGAGGUCCGAGUGUAUCCCGAUGGAUGGGGAGUGCGAUGACGGACAAGGAGUACUAUAUGAUCGCGGAUGGUGAUGACAUGAUUGGUUUGGAUGCAAUUGAGUUCCGGCGUGCGUUGAUGGAGAAGUACCCAGAAGUGAAGCAAGUGCUGACAAGUUACACAAAUUUUGCCUCGGAGUUUGCCUACAACCUUAUCAAUCUGGACCGAGAAUGGUUGGCGAAUGAUCCGACGAAGCAGAUGAAGAUUACGUUUAUGGACAUCGCCGAACAGUUGAUGCAAACACGAAUCGAUGUCGAAUACGCCCUGAGCCUAUUCAGGUUCGAUGAAGCUGAAGCCAGCGUUAGCACCAGCUACAAAAAGACCCAAACUAAGGAAGGCUCCUUAGUUGGGUGGCCACAGCUCCAAUUCCUCCCCUCAUGCGAUGAAAUGAUCGAAGAAGUCAAAAAGCUCGACAAAAGCGGCCUUUCCGAUGAACAACUUGUUGACGAGGCCGAAUCCGUUGCCUGGCUCGAAAAGAAAUGCAACGCCGAGGACGAACCAGAAUACGUCCUAACUUGCGCCAAUGGAUGGGCAGCAACAAGAACUGAAACCUUCCGUACAAUUCCACCUACCGUUCUCACCUUUGGCGAAGACUCCCUUACGAACUGGAUAAUCUCAACGCGCACAAGAGCCACUGUUUGCGUCGAGUACGUCUCCAGUGGCCUUUACUUCAAAGGCUUCGACAACAUGAUGAGCAAGAUCUUCCCUGAGUACUGA